GAAACUACUCACACACUGACGAUGAGCGGUGUCGAGACAGGCUCUAUCACCGUCGCGCUCGUGCCCGCGCUCCCCGGCUUGGGGUGGGGAGACGACCUUGCCGCCGAGACCACCGAUCCGUUCGGCGCGGUGCGCGCGCUCCCGCCGAACCUCGCGAAGGAGAUCAAGGCUGCCCGAGCCGCAGGGCACGGCGCCGAGCUGUUCCCCUGCUUCGAACUCUCGUGGGCUAACGCCAGCGGCCUCGCCACCGUAGCCAACGCGCUCGGCGCGACCCGCGUCUCCGCCCUGGCCGUCACCGCCGUGUCGUCCGAGGAUGCCCUCACCGCCCUCCUCCCACGCCUGCACCUCCCGACGCUGCAGACGCUCGAGUUCCGCCUCCUCGCGUCCCCGAGCAGCGAGUACGUCGACUUUCCCUACCCGACCCUCCUGGACCCCAAGGCGCUCGGCAUCCCGAUCGCACCCCUCGCUGCCCUGCUGGCGGGCUCGCGGGCGCGCGCACUCGCCAACGUCGUCCUGCGGCCUAUCGUGCCCAACAUGCUCGCGAGCCAGAAACGCACCGCGGACGAGUUCCGCGCGCAGCUUGUACAGGCGCUGCCGCAGGGCCACGGCCUGGACGGGGUGUGCGUUGGCCUCUGUGCCCUCCGCUCCGCGGACAAGUGGGACGACCUUGCGGGGUGCAAGUGCGCCAAGGCGGUAGAGAAGCACUUCAGCGACGCCAGGCGCAGAGGGCGCGCGUCGGCCGCGAGAAUCCACGCCGCGUCCGCGGUGCUCCUCCAUGCGGAGCGGGACGACCCGGCCCGGGCGUGCCCGCUCUUCGAGCUCCCGUACGAGCUGCUCGAGAGCGUGCUGGCGUACACUGCGCAAGACGACGUGCUCGACGAGCGGCAGGUGCGCGGGGUGAUCAAGCAAGCCGGGGAUCGAGAUACGCUGCGCCGCACGCUCGGCGCGUUUGCGCGGCACGCCGCCGCCGGCGUGCCGAGGUCGCGUGCCAUCACCGAGUGGUGCGUCAACGGCGGGUUGUAGGUUCUUUUUCGUUGUAAAUACCCAUUGUAUGCCACUGUUGCUGUGCUUCCGA